AGCCUCUAGGCCGCUCGGGGCGGCCGGCGAGUCCCAGUGCGAGCGGAGGGUGCCAGAGGUAGGGGGCCGAGAAACAAACUUCCCGGGGUUCCCUCCGGGGCUGCGGUCUGGGCUGCGCGUUUGGCCGCCCCCCUCCUCGCGAAGGCAAUGGCUUCCAAACUCCUGCGCGCGGUCAUCCUUGGGCCGCCCGGCUCGGGCAAGGGCACCGUGUGCCAGAGGAUCGCCCAGAACUUUGGUCUCCAGCAUCUCUCCAGCGGCCACUUCUUGCGGGAGAACAUCAAGGCCAACACCGAAGUUGGUGAGAUGGCAAAGCAAUACAUAGAGAAAAGUCUUUUGGUUCCAGACCAUGUGAUCACACGCCUAAUGAUGUCCGAGUUGGAGAACAGGCGUGGCCAGCACUGGCUCCUCGAUGGUUUUCCUAGGACAUUAGGACAAGCGGAAGCCCUGGACAAAAUCUGUGAAGUGGAUCUAGUGAUCAGUUUGAACAUUCCAUUUGAAACACUUAAAGAUCGUCUCAGCCGUCGUUGGAUUCACCCUCCUAGUGGAAGGGUAUACAACCUGGAUUUCAAUCCACCUCAUGUACAUGGUAUUGAUGAUGUCACUGGUGAACCAUUAGUCCAGCAGGAGGAUGAUAAACCUGAAGCAGUUGCUGCCAGGCUAAGACAGUACAAAGAUGUGGCAAAGCCAGUCAUUGAAUUAUACAAGAGCCGAGGAGUGCUCCACCAAUUUUCUGGGACUGAGACGAACAAAAUCUGGCCCUACGUUUACACACUUUUCUCGAACAAGAUCACACCUAUUCAAUCCAAAGAAGCAUAUUGACCCUGCCCAGUGGAAGAACCAGGAAGAUGUGGUCAUUCAUUCGUGUGUGUAGUAUUGGUGCUGUGUCCAAAUUAGAAGCUAGCUGAGGUAGCUUGCAGCAUCUUUUCUAGUUGCAGUGGUGAACUGAUAGGAAAACAGUUGAGUAGAAAGUGUUCACGAAGAGGCCCUCCUCUGCCUUUCAAAAAGAAGGUCACCUACACAUGUUUAAGGUGUCUCUGCACAUGUCUCAAGCCCUUCACAAGAAAGCAAGUACAGUGUGGAUUUAAAACGGGGUGUAAUUUCAGCUCUAGCUGAUUAUUGACAGCUGUGUUGUUGCUGUGGUAUCCUUUUUUACACGUGUUGGUGAUGGUCUCUGGUUCUCCCCAACCCCUCAAAGGCUGUUGAACCACAGCACCAAGAAGCCUGAGAAUGAACACGAAGGGCUGUAGCCCAGGCUUUGUCCUAUGCUGUGUGGUGUGUGCCCUCCUGGUGACAGUGAAAUUGAAGCUACUUACUCACAGUGGUGGUUUCUCUGGUGUGGAGUGACUGUGUCCACAAUUCAUUUUUUUCCAGUAGGAAUAACUUUUUUCUGCAUCCAUACUCCAUAGAGGCUCUCCUUUUCAGACAUCCUGAGAUGAAAGAAUUUAGCUUCUGUUUUUUGUUUGACUUUUUUUUUUUAACAUCUGUUUUCACUCAUAGGCUGUUAAACAAAACAGAUUGUUACUGCCCUUUUCCCUCUCAAAUUCUUCUAAGAACUGAGAGCCAGGGGACUGUAUUGAAUCUCUAUACAACGGGAACUGAGCUGUGAAGAGAAUCUUACUAAACUGCUGGUCUGACUCUCAUGGAUUAACACUGUUCCUUUCUUUUAUUGUGAGAAAAAAAAAAAAAAACCUAAAAGUCUUGGGAAUCCCCUAAAGUCUUUUGGGAAUUUGCAAAAAGCAUGGGAAAUAUAAGUAUUUAGCUACAUAAAUGUUAUAAGAUCAUGUCUUAUGUAUAGAUGUAAAAAGAUCAUUUGGAAUUACUGGACUAAUUGAAUAGUUAAAGUUUCUAUUCAGGACAAUAAAAUGUAUUUUGAAAGUGCUGCUAACUAUUGAUGCUGAAAGUGUUUCCCUCCUGUGAGUGACCCAAACAUACUAUAAAUAGGUGGUGAAAGGAAUGAAUCCUGUGGGGUUGAGCAGAAUGUUGUACUAGCUGCCCCUGGACUGAGUAUAACAGCUUUACAAUUAUAGGAAAACAAAAUCUUUUUUUUUUUUUUUCCCUGUUCCAAAGAUUCAUCCUAUGGAGUGGCCAUAAAGUCUAGAAUUAGAUACUAAUAUUUUGUCAUUCAUUAUAACAUAAUAUCAAUAAACCAUUUGUUAAAGGAUUUGCCUUGUUUCCAGACUUGGUGGCCACCUUGAAUAAUUUUUGCUGUCCUCUGGGAAGGAUGAUGAAAUUUAUUCCUGCUGCCUUAAAAAUAUGUAUCCCUUCUUCAUGCAUCAUGACUGUCCCCAGCGAAUGUCCUUUACUAUUCCUGGGAGUGACUUCUGUCUAACUUUUCAUACUGGUGAGAAGAAAAGAAGCCUAUUUUAGCACUUUGGUGGUGUUGAAACACAUUACUUACUUUCUGAAGAUGCUCCAGUGAAUCCUCUGUCAAUUCACUGCCAUAUGUAAUCUGUAGGAUAGUCCAUCUUCCUUCUAGGUACUGCCCAAACUCUUGCCAGCUCCUCUCCCAUUGUCCCUUCAUAUGAAUAUUUUUUGGCUACCUUAGUGGAAAUAUAGACCAGUCUCUUCCCCAUCCUCUCAAACAUAAUGACAUUGUUUACUUUUUAGGUUUAUGUAGUAAAGAUGCCCAGUCCAGUCUGUGAAUCGUCAGUGCGUUAUAUUGACUCUGAGCACUUUAGAAUUUAGAGUUGCAAUUGAAUGCCAGUUUGUGGAGAUGGGGUGCAUAUCGGAUAUGGAGGUAAAAGCUCAGGUUUGCUGGGGAACCAGGUAUAGAGAAAAAUAAGUUUGACAUGAGGAAAACUGCACGAUUUAGAGCAGUUCUACCAUAGAGAAAAUUUCCACAAACUGGGAAAAGUAGAGAGUUAUUCUAUAGCAUAAUCAAAAGAGGAAAGUCUUCCAACUUCUUUCUUCACUCCCCAUGUUUAGGUGACCCUCCAAUGUGAUCAUUGCCUUUGGAGUUUGGGAGAGGUAUGGGAAAUGGCUGAUCCCUGUUUCCAUACUUUACUCCUCCACCCAUUCUUCCCUCCUGCUUCUCCAGCUAAAUGGACAAUUCUAGCCAACAUUGAGUCACGUAGUAAGUCUCAGCAGUGGGUGUGUUUGCUGAGAUUGUCCAGCAGUUGGGCAGUUUGAUCUCACCUCCCUCGCUAGGCAAGACCAAAAAAAGACGUAUCUUUCCCAUGAUCUUUGAAACAUAAUGCUUAUUUCAUGGUCCAUGUCCUUUAAAAAAAAUCUAUUUCUGGUUUUCUUCAACAAACUCACUAGUUUUCUCUUACAUGAUUUUGUAAAACUUAAGGUUAUCUUGAAAAUGUUUUGCCAAAAGUAAAAUUAAAGGGAUAUC